AUUUGUAUGUACUUAGCCGCUUUCUCAACUCUCAAUCCUGCCACACGUGAAACAUUUUCAUUUUACUUUAGUGCAUACGAAUGUAUUUUUUGAAAGCGCCUCAAAGACCCAAAAAAAAAUGUACAAAAACAAGCUGGCAGAAAUUAUGAAUGUAUGUAUACGAGUACACGAGUAUGAAUACGUAUUGUUGACAUAUUGAGAGAUUGUGGCAAUUUGGACCAGACGACACCAUUUAAAAAGCCAUUAGGGCCUGCCUCCGCCAUCGCAGCGGAUAAUUGCCAGGCACAAUGGAGUCGCACGGUCCCCUCCAUUUUAAUCGUAGUUCUGUCAGUGCAGCCAGCCAGUUAUCAAGUGGAACAGAUGGUGCUUCUUCGUCUAUAUCUUCUCGCUGUCGGGGGAUAUUUCGGCUGCUGCCUUGCCUCCUAUGUGCUGCAGGUGGAUCUGUUCAGCUUCGCUGUCGAUGAUCCCGCGAUAAUCGUCUCUCAAAGUGCCUACGUCGAGCAGGAGCAGAACCGCAGCUAUCUAUCAGGACACUUGAUUUUCAACAAAACAGUAAACGAAAUCACGAUGCGGUCAUCAAUGAACAUCAGUCGUCCUCGACUGCCGGAGGUGCGGCUCUUCGAUGUCAAAUUGAAUGUCUGUCAAAUGAUCAGUAAUGGGUACAAGAAUCGAUUUGUCAGAGUAUUCUACAACAGUUAUGCCUCAUUUGUCAAUACGAGACCCGCAUGUCCCAUUAAGGCGAACUUCAACUACACCCUGACCCGCGCCUAUUUGAACGAAAAAGUCCUGCCCGAACUCCUACCGCAAUGCAUCUUCCGCAUGCAGCUCGUUUUUCAGCACCAGUCAAAGCCUCUGGCUCACAUGCAACUGAAUGGACGAUUGAGUAGGGCCUGAUGUCACUAUAUACAAUGAUUACCAAGUCCUAGCCCCAACAGUUUGCUGGCAUGA